UAUAAAGCAGCUCAUGUGCAUUUCACGAGUGGGCUAAAUGAUGAUUUAUUCAAUGAUUUGAACAGAAGACUAAAAGCUAAUGGAGCUGCUGAAUACAUCCUCAGUUUAAAAGAACUCUAUGUCGAUUUCAUGGUGAACGAAACAGCCGUUUUCACAGUAGACCCUAGCACUAGUUUCCGGUCCGUUUUUGGUGACGAUCGAAUGACAAAUCCAGAUGAAGCCUUAAGUUCUAUUGCUAAGCAAGUAACCUCCAUAGUACAAAAAGAAAUUGAUAAUUUCUGUAGAUUAAAUCAAAAUUUUCCACCUCCUCGUAAUCCACCUCAGCCUAGAGCCACGCUUCUCAUUUUAGAUCGCUCCAUCGAUCCUGCUGCACCUUUACUUCACGAAUUUACUUAUCAAGCUAUGAUCAACGAUCUUUUGCAUGUGGAGGAUACUGAUAACCAUGUAGGCGUAAAAUACUCUUAUCAAUUCCAUCAAGCAGACGGAAGUGUGGGUGUCCAAGAUGUGAUAUUAGAUGAAGAAGACCAUGUCUACAAAUCCAUUCGCCAUAUGCAUAUUGCGGAAUGCUCAGAUAGGUUGAUUGAAAAUUUUAAUGAGUUUCUAGCAGAAAAUAAAACAGCUGUCAGCACAAGUGAUCGAAAUGCAGGUCCAAAAGACUCGGCGAAAAGUCUAAAAGAAAUGAAAGAAAUGCUGACAAAUCUUCCACAAUACCAGGAUUUGAAGGCAAAAUACUCUGCUCAUUUGAGUAUUGCUCAAGAGUGUAUGUCAUAUUUUGAAAGACACAAUUUAAGUUCCGUAGGCACUUUAGAGCAAAAUAUGGCAACAGGGGAAACAGUAGAAGGAGAGAUACCCAAAACCAUAGUUCUUGAUAUGGUUCCCUUAUUAGAUGCUCCACAUGUGAGCCCCAUCGAUAAAGCUCGUCUGCUGAUGCUUUACAUUAUUUGGAAAGAAGGUGGUAUUUUCGAGGAUGAUAAACGAAAACUUCUCGAGCACGCGAAAUUGGAUGCAGAGUUAUGUAAUGCGAUCAAUAAUCUACCCUUGAUGGGAGUGAAGUUAACGCGUAUCCGCCGAUCUGAAAAAGGAUAUACAUCGGCAAGCGCAAUGUCCUCUGCGACAUCUCUUUUCAGAAAGAGAAGGCAGAGAAAGAAUAAGGAGGAUGAACAAGAAACACCUUAUGAAUUAUCACGUUAUACACCAAUUAUAAAGAAAGUGAUGGAUGCACACUUUUCGAAUACGUUAGAUCCUCAACAAUUCGCCUUUACUCGACAAUCUGAUGUAGAUUCAGCCAAAGAUGGUCAUGGACAUGCUCCUGGUGAUGGUGGCAUUCCCGCAAGUGGGGUUUCUCUACGAACGACAAAGCCUACUUGGGCGAAGAAGAACAAUACUGGCUCUGGCGUGACCACACCUAUUCGUCAACAUCAUGGUGCUAAAUUGAUUGUGUUCGUAAUUGGUGGUGCUACUUAUUCCGAAAUUCGAUCAGCUUACGAAAUUAGUGAUACUUAUAACCGUGAUGUUUAUCUUGGUACUACAGAAGUACUACGCCCUCAGAACUUUGUUCGUCAUUUAUCCCAACUGACAUUGCCUAUACCACAAUUACCACCAGUUAUUGCACCUUAC